UACUAAGAGUGGGAUAGGAAUUUCUAAUUGGUGAUGGUACUAGGGAUUUCCUAAAUAGGACCAGAUCCAUAGUCAAAAUAGAAGAAUUACUUUCUAGAGUGCAAAGUAGGAAGUAUAGCAUUUCUGCUAUAUUUGAAAUGCUUGUAUAUGUAAAAAUUAGUCAUGUCCUGUUUCUCUUUCCUGGCAGUAGCAUCAACCAUAUGGAACCAGGAAAUAAUACACAAAUUUCAGAAUUUCUUCUUAUGAGCUUUUCAGAGGGAUCAAAGUUGCAACCCUUCCUCUUUGGGCUGUUCCUGUCCAUGUACCUGAUCACCCUGCUUGGAAACCUGCUCAUCAUCCUGGCUGUCAUUUCGGACUCCCAUCUCCACACUCCCAUGUACUUCUUCCUUGCCAACCUUUCCUUUGUGGACAUCUGUUUUACCUCUACCACUGUCCCAAAGAUGCUGGUGAAUAUCCAGAUGCAGAGCAGAGUCAUUACCUAUGAAGGCUGCAUCACCCAGAUGUACUUUUUUGUACUUUUGGGAGCCUUGGACAACUUCCUCCUGACUGCAAUGGCUUAUGACCGCUUCGUGGCCAUCUGUCACCCCCUUCACUACACAGUUAUCAUGAACCCCCGGCUCUGUGAAUUGCUGGUUCUGGUGUCCUGGAUCAUCAGUAUCUUGAAUUCCUUGUUAGAAAGUUUAAUGGUGUUGCGGCUGUCCUUUUGUACAGAUGUGGAAAUCCCCCACUUUUUCUGUGAACUUAAUCAGGUGAUCCAACAUGCCUGUUCUGACACCUUCAUCAAUGACACAGUAAUGUAUUUUGCAGCUGUGCUGCUGGGUGGUGGUCCACUUACUGGGAUUCUUUUCUCCUACUGUAAGGUUUUUUCCUCCAUUCGUGUAAUCUCAUCAGUUCAGGGGAAGUGUAAAGCAUUUUCUACCUGUGCAUCUCACCUCUCCGUUGUCUCCUUAUUUUUUUGUAGUAUCCUAGGAGUGUACUUUAGUUCUGCUGCUACACACAAUGCAUACUCAGUUGCAGUAGCCUCAGUGAUGUACACUGUGGUCACACCCAUGCUGAACCCCUUCAUCUAUAGCCUUCGAAAUAAAGACAUAAAGGGGACCUUGAGGAAAUUGCUUGUGAGGGAAGCCAUGAAACAGCCAUUUUCUCAGGGCUGAAUAAGAUGCUAUGACUUUAGGGCUCAAGCCCUCAGAGCCAGAAAUCAUGAUCCUUUGAUCAGAUCAUAGAGGUAGAAUCUGCCUCUUUGAUUUUAAGCAAUUCCCUUUAUUGAAGUGGUGUGUAUAAUAUCCAGACAGUUUUUCCUUUUCUCCAAUUUUCUAUUUUCCCAAGUUAUUCCAACCAGGAUCAGAAACUAUUUGAAUAUUCCCAUUUAUCACUCAGGGCAACAUUGACUUCUUCUUCUUCUUUUUUUUUUUUAAUAAUUUUUAUUCUGCUUUAAGUGAAAGUUUACAAAUCAAGUCAGUCUCACACAAAAACCCGUAUACACCUUGCUACACACUCCCAAUUACUCUCCCCCUAGUGAGACAGCCUUUUGCCAGCUUCCAACCCCCUCCACCCUCUCAUCUCCCCUCCAGGCAGGAGAUGCCAACAUAGUCUCAAGUGGCCACCUGAUCCAAGAAGCUCACUCCUCACCAGCAUCCCUCUCCAACCCAUUGUCCAUUCCAAUCCAUGUCUGAAGAGUUGGC